GCCUGGGCCUGGGCCUGCUCCUCCUCUUCAUCCUCCUCUUCAUCCUCCGUCCUCCUCCUCCCGGUGGUCCUCCACAACAUGCACAGCCUGGCGACGGCCGCGCCCGUGCCCACGGCGCUUGCCCAGGUGGACCGGGAGAAGAUCUACCAGUGGAUCAAUGAGCUGUCCAGCCCCGAGACCCGGGAGAACGCCCUUUUGGAGCUCAGUAAGAAGCGCGAGUCCGUGCCCGACCUGGCUCCGAUGCUGUGGCACUCCUUCGGGACCAUCGCCGCGCUCCUGCAGGAGAUUGUAAAUAUCUACCCGUCCAUCAACCCGCCGACGCUGACGGCCCACCAGUCCAACCGAGUGUGCAACGCCCUGGCGCUGCUGCAGUGUGUCGCCUCCCACCCGGAAACCCGGUCCGCGUUCCUCGCCGCGCACAUCCCCCUCUUCCUGUACCCCUUCUUGCACACCGUCAGCAAGACCCGCCCUUUCGAGUACCUGCGCCUCACCAGCCUCGGGGUCAUCGGCGCCCUGGUGAAGACGGACGAGCAGGAGGUCAUCAACUUCCUCCUGACCACAGAGAUCAUCCCUUUGUGUCUGCGCAUCAUGGAGUCCGGGAGCGAGCUGUCCAAGACGGUGGCAACGUUCAUCCUUCAGAAAAUCCUCCUGGACGACACCGGCUUGGCCUACAUCUGUCAGACGUACGAGCGCUUCUCCCACGUGGCGAUGAUUCUGGGGAAGAUGGUCCUGCAGCUGUCCAAAGAGCCGUCCGCCCGCCUGCUCAAACACGUGGUCCGCUGCUACCUGCGCCUCUCCGACAACCCCAGGGCGCGGGAGGCGCUCAGACAGUGCCUCCCUGACCAGCUGAAGGACACCACCUUCGCCCAGGUGCUCAAGGACGACACGACCACCAAGCGCUGGCUCGCCCAGCUGGUGAAGAACCUGCAGGAGGGGCAGGUGACGGACCCCCGCGGCAUCCCCCUGCCCCCUCAGUGACGGGCGGGGGCGGAGGCAGCGGCGGAGCGGCUCGGGAUAUCCGCCGACGAGGGACGGACCCCGAAAGCCGGGGCGGGGGGCGACACCAGCACACGCCCACUCCCCUCCCGUCCCCUCUCCGGCUCCCUUCCCCGUCCCGCCGGACGCCCGCGGCCGACCCGACGGUUCCCCGGCCCUCCCUCCGUCUCCCGUCUCGGCCGGCCGUCGCCGUCGGACGGAUCGGGAGGCCGCGGGCCGCGACGGGGAGGCCGGAAGGCCCGAGCCCCCGUCCCGCUCCCGCCAUCCUCGUCCGGGACGCGCGACGGGAAGAGUUGGCGGCACCGUUCGACCCAAGGCCCCAGAGCGGCGCGGCCGUCAAGCGAGGGGACCCCCCACCGUCGGACCUGACCGGGCCUCGGCUGUCGAGGGGCAUCGGGGAUUUCCCGUCGCCGUGAAGACGCUCGCUUCCAUUGGACGCGAGCCCCUCGGGACUCCGGCCGGCUGGACGACCGCCGCGCCCACCGACCAGCCCCGCGGGGAGGGGAGCAGGGGGUCCCCUCUUCCGUCCGGAGCCAACCACCGCCGACGCGAGGGCUCCUCCGAGCCGGCUCCCCUCGGGGGAAGCCGGCCUCGUGGGUCGGCGGCGGCCUCGCCCGCUCCUCCGAGAGAGAGGGGUCGUCCCGGGAAGCGCGGCGGCGACCCCCCAAAAUGGGGAGCGGAGCCUCCGUCCUCCCCCCUCACCUCACCGCCGAGCCAAAGGUCCCGUCCCGCCCGCUCCCCGCCCGCCCCGGCCGGGGAGGGCCGAGCCUCGCCCCGUCCCUCUUCUUCGCCGCGUGUCGGCCACGUGACUGCGCCGGUAGUGUCUUAGCCCUCGGCCCCGUCCGGCCCGGACCCCUCAGCGGCGGGCGGCAAGGGGGGCGUCCGUUUUGGCGACUGGUUCCCAAGAGAGGAGAGGGGAAGGCUUCUGUUUUGUAUCAAACUGAAAUAAAAAAAGAAGGCGUUUCCGGAAGUCGGCCUGCCUUUUUCUAUCCAUCAA